AUGUCGUCAGACGACAACACAUCGAGACCGGUUGUUCGACCCGAGCACCACCAACACCAACACCAGCACCAGAAACACCUUAGCGGACCGUCGCCUUUUAGCACGAUGCUAACGCGUGUCGAAACCUAUUCCACGUACAUUCCAGAAAUGUAUGUUACACCUUUCUGUGGCGCAAUGGCCGGCAUGGCUUCGGGUGUCGUGACAUGCCCUCUCGAUGUGAUCAAGACCAAGCUACAGGCACAGGGUGGUUUUAUGCGUCGACGUCCCACCCAACUCCCUGAAACUGUGCACAUAUACCGGGGAAUGAUUGGUACGGGAAAGACAAUAUGGAGGAACGACGGAAUUCGAGGUUUAUAUCAAGGAUUGGGGCCAAUGCUGCUUGGCUAUUUGCCAACAUGGGCUGUCUACCUUACAGUAUACGACAAAACAAGGGCAUUUUAUGAAGAGACAACAGAUAAUUGGUGGCUCUCAAGGACAUAUGCAUCCGUUACUGCUGGAACGUGUUCAACAAUAGCAACGAACCCUAUCUGGGUGAUCAAGACGAGGUUGAUGUCGCAAGGUGUCAGGGUUUCUGGAGACGGAUUCAUUCCAUGGCAUUAUCGGAACACGUGGGAUGCUGCGCGUAAGAUGUACAUGACCGAAGGCAUCCGGGCUUUUUACUCUGGCCUCACACCGGCCCUGCUAGGUUUGUCACAUGUGGCUAUUCAGUUUCCGCUCUACGAAUAUUUCAAGAUGGCGUUCACGGGCUAUGGCAUUGGUGAGCACCCAGAUGGCGGUAACUCGCAUUGGGUUGGAAUUUCUCUAGCAACAUUCCUUAGCAAGGUCUGUGCUAGCACUGCUACAUAUCCACACGAGGUGCUGCGCACACGACUGCAAACACAGCAGCGGCACCCACCAGCGUCGUCGCCUGAAGAAAUUGCAUUUCGGGGAGGACUCGACCAUCCAGUUGAUCGUGGACGACCACCUGGUGCGGCAUCAUCUGACGGUAUGCCAAACCGGCCUCGUUAUGCCGGCGUGUGGCGUACAUGCCAGACCAUUCUUCGCGAGGAAGGGUGGCGGGCAUUCUAUUCAGGAAUCGGCACUAAUUUGAUUCGAGCCGUCCCUGCAGCUAUGACGACCAUGCUCACAUACGAAUAUCUGAAAAAGACCAUCAGCACACUUCAGCAUGAAGGACAAAAGAAGCUGGGCAAUGUAAAUGUGGCCGGUGAUACCCUUGUUUAG